UAUUCCCACUAAGCAUGGAGAAGGUUAUACAAUUAAUUUAAUAUGACAAAGAAAACACAUCCUGGGAGUUUAAAAUAUUUUUUAACUAAAUCUAAUCUUUAAUCUUACAGACUGAAUGUCCAGUGUUGGAGGAGUUCCUGCCACGUUAAGUGAUGAUAAUCAGAUCAGGAAGUGAUGGCAUGAAUGGCAUCUGAUCACCGCCGUGAUGCGAAGCUGAAGUUUUUACAACCUGGAGGAUUUGUCUGAACAGGAUGGAACACGUUCCUCAGCCGUGAACUCACCCGGCGCUGAAUCGACAAACUCAGAGCUGACGUGCUGAUGGACGAGAACAAGACAAACGCUGCCAGAGUUGUGGGAAUCAGACAGCCAUGAGGGCAGGUUGAGGGUUUUCCGCUGAUGUGAGCACCAGUGAUGGAGGGGAAGAGGGUAUAUUUAGAGAAGGUGAUGUCAGAGUUGACAGAUUCAGGCUCUUGGCACCUUCUGCGUCUCUCUUUGUCGAGUCCAAACACAGCAAGCAUCAUGGAAGCUGCCAUCAACACCAUCGUUUCCCAGUUCAAGGUGUACGCCGGGCAUGACGCGUCCUCCAACACGCUGAGCAAAGAUGAGUUCCACAAGCUGGUGAGCUCCCAGCUCCCCAACUUUGUCAAGAACGCCAGCGAUCCCGGAGCUGUCGACAAGCUCAUGAGCUCCCUGGACGAAAACAACGACGGGGAGCUGACGUUCUUCGAGUUCUGGCAGCUGAUUGGAAAACUGGCAAGCAAACAGGGAGGCUUCAGCCAGUAGUUGACUCUCUCUCUCACUCUCUCUGUUGCACAACACCAAUCUAAUCAGUUUAUUCAGGCCGUCCAGCUGUAAACUGAAGGGCGUUUGAAUUCCUCCAUCAGUGCCACAUGUGUACAUUCUUAGUUAACCAUUUGUUGAAUGAGGGGAACUUUGAAUUAAAGGCUCUUUUGUUUGGAAACUUCAUCCACCCACUCUCA